UCUUAACUGACGGUGUGUGCCUUUGAAAGGGUCACUUCUUAACGCCGCUUGAUAAAGGAGUCACCGACUCGGUAACCAGAGAACUUCAGAAGCGGGCUUCACUUGCCGAGCUUUACAUCCACGCGGCCGUUUGAGUUGGCUUUCUAAUCUCGCGCACAUUGCAUCUCAGCGAUUUUACAGAGACAUGUUGUAGACUCUUAUCUACAGGAGUGCACGUUUGCGUUCGUUAAGUGGAGACGGGAAUAGGCGCGGUUUGUGUUUGAAAAUCCACGGUAAGGUGGCGCGAGUCUGCAGGUAGAUUGUCAACCGUUAUUGAUUAUCCAGGUCACGUUUUCUCCGUGGAUUUGAUAGAUGUUAGACUGCUGGAUGUGAUGCCCAUUUAUAUUAUCGACCGAAAAUUUCCAGACACACCUGGUGAGAUACCUCUGGCCCGAUCUGAGGAAGAGCAGCUGGCCAUGACGGAGCCCAACGCCCCCAAGACGUCCAGGAAGGCUGGCUGGAGCUCCCUGGAGAUCGGCCUCAUCACCAUUGUCUCCCUCCUCUUCGUCGUCAUCGUGGCUCUCAUCAUCCUCUUCUCCACACAGAGGAGCGAUGGCAUUUGCACAACAGCAGACUGCACACAGUCAGCCUCUCGUCUGAUAGAGAACAUGGACGACAGAGUGGACCCUUGUGAGGACUUCUACCUGUAUGCCUGUGGAGGCUGGCUGAAGAGGAACAUCAUCCCAGAGACCAGCUCCAGAUACAGCACCUUCGACAUCCUGAGAGACGAGCUGGAGGUGCUGCUCAAAGGAGUGCUGGAGAGAACAGUGGAAGGUGAGGCCGCUGCCCUCAGCAAAGCAAAAACCCUCUACAGGUCCUGCACCAAUGAGAGUCAGAUUGAGCAAAGGGGUGGGGCUCCGCUGCUUGACAUGCUCCCUGAUCUUCUGGAGUGGCCAAUAGCAACAGACGACUGGGAGGCGACCCAUGGUGCUAGGUGGAGGUUUGAAGACGUUCUUGCCAAACUGAAUGAGAAAUACGGGACUCAAGUUUUGGUUAACUUUUUUGUCGGCACGGAUGACAGAGACUCCAACUCCCACAUCAUCCAUUUUGACCAGCAGACCAGCCUGGGGCUUCUGUCCAGGGAUUACUACGUCUGUACCGGGCCCUACACUGAGGCGUGCCGGGCGUAUGAGCAGUUCAUGGUGGACGUGGUGAUGCUGAUCCGCAGGGACCGGGGACUGCCGCUCAACCAGACCCUCAUCCAGGAGGACGUCACCAGGGUCAUGAACCUGGAGAAGGACAUCGCCAACGCCACUGAUACUGCUGAGGACCGUAACAACCCCGUCCUGCUCUAUAACAAGAUGAAGCUGUCUGUUCUCAGGACCAAUUUCACCCUGGAGGUCGACUCUAGAGAAUUUAACUGGACGUACUUCACUGCUAAGAUCCUGGAUACCGUGGACACCUCUGUCCCUGACUCCGAGCCAGUCAUCAACUACGCCCCCAACUACUACAGGAGACUCAACCCUGUCCUGGCCAAGUACACCAAGAGGGACAUUCAGAACUACAUGGUGUGGCGCUUCGUGAUGAACAUGGUGGUCGGACUGAGCAGAGCUUACAGAGAUACCAGGAAGGCCUUCCGCAAGGCCCUGUCAGGCACCACGGCGGAGGCAGCAGUGUGGCGCCAGUGUGCGCUGUACGUCAACAGCAACAUGGACAACGCUGUGGGCCGUCUCUACGUGCAGGAGGCCUUCUCUGGAGAGAGCAAGAUCCUGAUGGACGAGAUGAUCGCCUCUAUCCGGGAGGUGUUUAUCAGUAAUCUUGACGAUCUCCCCUGGAUGGACGCAGAGACAAAGAAGGCAGCAGAGGAGAAGGCACGCGCUAUCCGGGAGCGGAUUGGCUACUCCGAAAACAUAAUGGACGACAACCAUCUGAACAACGAGUACAAAGAUUUGAGCUACAGCGGUGAGGAAUAUUUUGAGAACAUCCUGCAGAACCUGGAGUACGCCCAGAAGAAACGCCUCAGGAAGCUACGAGUCAAAGUCAACAAGGAGGAGUGGGUAACAGGAGCAGCCAUUGUCAACGCCUUCUACUCCUCCAGCAAAAACCAAAUAGUGUUCCCAGCAGGGAUCCUGCAACCCCCGUUCUUCGGGAAGGGUCAGAGCAAGUCUCUGAACUACGGGGGCAUCGGCAUGGUGAUCGGACAUGAGAUCACGCACGGCUUCGACGACAACGGAAGGAACUAUGACAAGGACGGUGACCUGAAGGAUUGGUGGACCCCUGCAUCCACCCACAGGUUCCUGGAGCUGUCUAAGUGCAUGGUGGACCAGUACGGAAACUUCUCCUGGGAUCUGGCCAACGGCCUGCACUUAAAUGGGAACAACACUUUGGGAGAGAACAUUGCAGACAACGGUGGGAUUCGCCAGUCAUAUCAGGCCUACCAGAACUUUGUCAGGACACAUGGAGAGGAGCUCCGUCUGCCUGGAAUACAGCUCUCUCACAACCAGCUGUUCUUCCUCAACUUUGCCCAGGUGUGGUGUGGGACCCAUCGCCCGGAGCAAGCAGUCAACUCCAUCAAAGUUGACGUACACAGUCCUGGAAACUUCCGGGUCCUGGGUUCCCUCCAGAACUUCCCAGAGUUCGCGAAAGCCUUCAAGUGCAGAAAGAACAGCUACAUGGUUCCUGAGAACACAUGCCGGGUCUGGUGAUGGUCCUCCCCGACCCAAGGAGCUCUAGGCUGGGCUGGGGCUUGUGGUUGGACCCCCUGCUGUGGACCAGGCCUGGUGGGUCAGAACCAGCUGGGUCCUUGGCAGUAUCUUUUCCCCCCAGCCAGAGGUGCCUCCAGUCAGCUGGCAGAUAGUUCACGAUCAACCUAAUCCCUACUUCUCCCAGGACGUGUUGACGUCUCCUGGUCUUCUCCCAGGACGUGUUGACGUCUCCUGGUCUUCUCCCAGGACGUGUUGACGUCUCCUGGUCUUCUCCCAGGACGUGUUGACGUCUCCUGGUCUUCUCCCAGGACGUGUUGACGUCUCCUGGUCUUCUCCCAGGACGUGUUGACGUCUCCUGGUCACCUCGUCAGCCUGUCGUAGACGAAUGUCUUUAUCUGUUUUCACUUUUCUUUUGGCUGUAUUUCAAAGCUGAUUAAUUUUCGUUUGGUGUCAAAUUGAGAGACGUUUUAUUUGUAGAAGACCAGUGAUGAAUUCCACGCACAGUUCACAUGCACACAGUCACACACACUCUCGCUACCCUCCCCGAGUUUGUUUCACACUGAGCCUGUAGAAGGAUGUGUAACAGUUAUAGGUAAUUUAAGAUUACAGUGAUUAAGAUUACAGUUAAAUUACAGUCACAUGGGGAGCAAUCUCUCUACAUGUGUUUAUGUAUAUUUAAAAGACCAACUUUGACUUAAUAGACCAACAAGUCCAAGUCUGAUUAGAAAUAAAGGUGCGUUGUUCUGUGUUUGAUGUUUAGGUUGUGGUGGAUACUGUUACCAAGCAACAGAACAAACCAAAAUCUUUUGGUUUGAGUUUUUGCCUUUAGGAGGACAGCUGAGAAGCUAAGAUGGUCAGGAAUCAUGUAGCUGUCACUUGGGAUGACAUCACCCUUACCUCUGUGUGUGUGUGUGUGUCUGUGUGUGUUUGUUUGGACAGUAAAUGUACAACAUAAGCCUUACAAAACUCUUUAGUGCUUCAUUCCUUGUGUGCUUGAAUGUUUGAAAGCAUCUAUUCAUCCAUCCUUCCACCUGUCUUUCUAUCCUUCCAUCCAUCCCUUUCUCUCCAUCAUUCAUCCAUCUAUCCAUCAGUCCAUCCAUCCCAUGUCUCAUGCACUGAUACCGGAGCCAAAUGAGAAAUGUUAUUUUGUGCUGAAGUUGCUAAAACAAUGUAUUUACCUGAUCUCUUCACAGGGCCAAAUCCUAGAGCUGUAGCACUGGAUUGAAUAGAUAGAAAUGGCUAGAUAAACACAGAUCAUGCAAAGUCAAUGGAAGAUUCUCCUUGACAGAAUGACCUCACUUUUCUGUUCCAUAUUCUGCCUGGUAACACGGCUCUGUUUUGUGACCAUAGCAGAUGUGUUUGUGUGUGAACGACGACCACUCAUUGAUGCAUACGUAUAGAAAUACCAUUAACCAAAACACUGCUGCCGUGCAGAAGAGAGGAACACUAGAUGCUUCUCACCUCUCACCAACCACUCUCUCUUUUUCACACACACACACACUGUCUCACGCACUCUCUCUAACACACACUCACACACUUUGUCUCAAACACACACACACACACACACACACACACUCUGUCUCACACACCUGUAGGAUUCAGAUAUACCUCAGCUGCCUGUAUUUAGAUACUUUGUAAUAACGAUGAUUAUAAAGGGCACAUGUAUUGCUUUAAUAAUAAAUGCUAAAUCCUUAUGGAGA